AAACAAAAAAAAAGGGGACCACAUCCACCCCAUUUGACCUUUGAGACAAAAGACCAUCCCCUCACCCCUCUCUCCCUCAUUCUUCUCGGCCAGCACCAACCCCAGCAAGAAAAGAAAAUCUCCAUCUCCCUUUUCCCAUCCUUGAAGAGAGCUCAAGCAAUAGAAGUCCAAGGGGAAAGUUUAAAAGAAGAAAAAAGCUAGGAAAAGUGAGAAAGAUUAAGGAACUUGAUUAAAGUACUUUGGAGCUUCGCCGGAGUUUCGCCGGAGUUGGUCAAGUUGGCCGGAGUUGGUCAAAGUUCACCGGAAUUAGUCAAAGUUCAACCGCGGAGCGUAGAACACGCUUAAGCUCACUUAAGUUUCAGGUAGAACUUGAAGGUUGCUACCAUCACCAUUGCUUCGGGCGGAUUAUCAAGGAGAGGAGACGUGAAAUGGAGCCAAUUGGUAGAAUCACUAGGAGGAACCCGACGGGCCGUGUACCGGGUGGGUCCGAACGCGGCAGCCGGGGGUCCACUAGGGUGUCAAGGGGAAGGGGCCGUGGAGGCCAACAACAGACCGUGAGCGAUGGCCACGUGGACACCGAGAGUGAGACUUAUUGGUCCUAUGAGGACUCAACUUAUAGACCGGAAACCGAGCCGGUGGAAACCCCAUAUGAUGGGGAGGAUGAUGAUGUGAGUGAAGAGAGUGAAGAUGAUGGCACUCUUGGGAGAAUCGAGGCGCUGCUCCAACAAUACCACCAGGAGCGUGAGGAGAGGAGACAACGCCGAAGGCGCCGAGCGGGGCAACCUUCGGGCAUGGCUUCAAGAGGGGGAAGUCAUGGUGCUUCUAGGGUCCAUGUUGAACCCCAUGGAGGCCAAAAUGCUGGAGGUCCAACCACAAGGAUCUCCAAAUUUGUCAAGGAAGCAAGAGAUUUGGGAUGUAAACCGUUUGACGGAACGGGGGACAUCUCCAUGGCGGCCGAGUGGAUCAAAAGAUUCAACGAAGCGGCCCUUGACAUGCAGCUGCCACCCAACAUGAAACUGAGGGUGGCAAUAAGAUUGCUUGAAGGCAUGGCGUCCACAUGGUGGGACGGAGUCAAAGGGAAGUACGGCGAGACCGUCACCUGGGAGAACUUCCGGCAGGAGUUCUUCAACCAAUACUACUCCGACUUCGAGGUAAACAUGAAGAGGAGGGAGUAUACAAACUUGACACGAGGAGGUGCAUGCACGGUGAAGGAACUUGAGCACAAGUUCAGAAAGCUUGCCGAAUUCAUACCGGAGUACAUAUGUGAUGAGAACCGGAUGGUGAACCACUUCUGGGAUGCCUUGGACCUUGACAUACGUGAGAGGGCAACACAAUUGCCUAAUAUGACGUUUAGUCAAGUGGUUGAACAAGGCCUGAAGGGAGAGAAGGAGUGGGAGGAAAGAAAGCUAAGGAAUGCCGAGGAGGCGAAGAAAAGGAAGUGGGAAAGCCAUGGCCCCCAAGGUUCCAACAAGAAGGGGAACCAUGGGGGAGGCGGAUCGUUCAGGGCACCGGCACCGCCGUCAAAAGGGAACCCGGCCUUCAGCGGGCACAACUCGGGCUCACAAGCGUCAACUGCGCCAAGGUGUAGGAAUUGCAACCGGAGCCACGCCGGUAAGUGUCGUGAUCCACCACGGUGCUACCAAUGCGGGAGCACAGGGCAUAUCAAGCCCAACUGCCCUCAACUUGGUGGGAACCGAGGGGCGGGAUCAAGCGGCCCUACUACGGCAAGUAGGAACCGAACCGGAGCACCGCAUGCCAGUACGGGCCAAGGGGGAGCAAGCACGAGCAAUGCGCCGUCCGUUAACCAAGGAAGGACCCAAGCAAGGGUCUACGCAAUGACGGAGGCGGAUGCCCGAGCUAACCCAGAUUCGGUUGCAGGAACUUGAUUAAAGUACUUUGGAGCUUCGCCGGAGUUUCGCCGGAGUUGGUCAAGUUGGCCGGAGUUGGUCAAAGUUCACCGGAAUUAGUCAAAGUUCAACCGCGGAGCGUAGAACACGCUUAAGCUCACUUAAGUUUCAGGUAGAACUUGAAGGUUGCUACCAUCACCAUUGCUUCGGGCGGAUUAUCAAGGAGAGGAGACGUGGUUCGUGCUUCCUCCGUUUCUGUUUUAAACAUUCAAAUUAAUGCUCAUGGAUACUAUUUUCCGAAUAAUUAUUUGGGGCUUGCACGCCCGUGUUUGCCACGUGUGGCUCGAAUGCUUGUAUUAAUAUUUCCGCUGCUUAAUUAAAUGAUUUACAUUAUGAUUGUUUAUGGAUGUACUAAUGUGAAUGGUAUUCAAGACGCCUUGUAUAGUAUGGAUGAGUUGGACUGCGGUUGACUAUUCGUACUGUACGGCGGGUUGUUGACGUGUCCGGGAAGGUCCGGGGCGUGACAUUGAAUGUGUAAAAAAUUGUCAUAUGAAUAUAUGAUCUUUG